CAGUAUGAGUAACCGAUGUUGUAAAUCUGCAGUACACCAGGAAGCGAAAUGUGGAAGAGAUACUUUAAAAAAAAACUUGAGAACUGACGCCUGAUAGUUUGGGGCAUUUAGCUUUUUGUGGAAUUUCCCGACAGGAAUAUAUCCAGCUUAUUCCCUUGUGUUCCUACAAGAUUUCAGCCAUCCAUUAGCCAGUCUACGACUAUGUUCCUGAAUCUUCUCUCCACUUCUCAUGUACUUAGUUUCCAGUUUUACUGGAUCGAAAAUGGCUCUUGAUGAUCCAGGGAUAUUAUACCACAGAACUCUUAUGACAAGAACUCUAUGAAUCUUUCAACAAUGUUUUCUACAGGAAAGACAGUCACUGCUUGGGUAUGGGUAAUGUUUUCAAUAAGUUCAUUUUUGGUUACAGGUGGAUUGCCCUUGCUUUGCCAUGUUGUUGAUUUGACUUCAAAAGUGAUUAAACUACGAUCAUCUCUAUCGCUGACUUGUGCAUUGCGACGGGAGUGUAUCGAAUCAUUAGAUGCAAACGCAAGUCAUAUAUUCUGGAAACUAAAUGAUACCAAAAUUCCACAAGAACAGUAUCAUUUUAAUGAGACUGUUUCACAAGUGACCUUAAAGUAUUUUGAUGCAGUGAAAGGCUAUUUGACAUGUCACAUUAAUAUCAAAGGAGCACCAAAUAUCCUUCAUCGUAUUACUAUUGAAGCAGGAUUGCCUCCUGAGAAGCCAAAAAAUAUUUCUUGUGUUUCCUACUGGGAGAAAAACUUUACUUGUUUCUGGGAUCAAGGAUAUGAAACAUAUCUAGAGACUAAUUUCACAUUAGUUCGAAUAAUAGAACAUUCUGGAAAUAGUACCUGUGUUAGUCCAAGGAAGAAUACGUGCUCCUUUAUUUUCCCGAAUAUGUAUAUUGUAGACUGCAAGGUUAUUGUUAUGGCGGAGAAUGCUCUCGGCAAAGCUUGGUCUGAUCCUUUGGACGUGAAGAUUGAUCAGAUUUCCAGAACCGGUCCACCUCAGAAUGUAAUUGUCCAGUCUGUGCGAGGCCAAGGUAUAUCACUACUUGUAACCUGGCAAAAACCCACGGAGGUGAUGCCAUUUGUCCACUUACUUUAUAACAUCCAAUACCAACUGGCUGGCUCAAACGACUGGAUUCAGGUAACAGAAAAAGAAGAAAUUGUUAAUAAUUCAUUUGUAAUUCAGAACCUCAACCCCUUCACUAAUUAUACUGUUGCUGUGCGAUGCAUUGGUAAAGAACAGACCAUAUGGAGUGGAUGGAGUAACAAAGGAACUGGAUUAACUUCUGAAGCUAAACCAUUGGCAGCACCAGAACUAUGGAGGCAAAUCAAAAAUCAUGAUUCUCAGGGGAUUAGAGAAGUACAUCUUCACUGGAAGGCUUUGAGCAAGUCUAUAGCAAAUGGAAUCAUUUUGGGAUACAGGAUAUGGGUUGAGAAGCGAUGGGAUCAAACAUUGGUGCAACAGGAUAACACAACAUCUUUGAAUUAUUCCUUGUUGCUGACACAUGAAGCGCACGUUGUAACUGUCCUUGCUUAUAAUUCAGCGGGCGAUUCUCCAAAGGCAGUCCUGAUAGUUCCAGCUGUAAACCAGACAGCUCCCACAACUAUCCAGUAUGUUCAAGUUACAUCACAGAAUAACCGACUGCUCACACAGUGGAAGGCUCUAGAACGACCGGAUUAUGGAUAUAGCAUUGAAUGGUGUUUGUUUUUGGAUACAAGCCCCUGUGCCGGGCCACUGCAUUGGCAAUAUGAAGGAAAUACUACUGAAAUGACGUAUUUACAGGGUGAUUUUAAACCAUUUGUGUGCUAUAACAUUACUGUUUAUGCUUUGUACAAUGAUGGUCCAGGAAAUCCUUGUUCAACUCUAGCAUAUCUGCAACAAAGUUAUCCAGCAGAAGGACCAAGCAGCACUAUUCAUAAUGCAAGAGGAACAGAGGUUACGAUUAAAUGGCAGGAAAUUCCCUUAGAAAAGCGACGUGGUUUCGUUACCAAUUACACCAUCUUUUAUAAAUCUGAGAAAGGUGAAAAAGCUGUAACACUGAGUCCAGAUACUUUUGAGUAUACAUUGGAAUCUCUGGACAAAAAUACUGAAUACUUUGUAUAUAUAAUGGCAUCCACAGUGAAAGGAGGUAAAAAUAGCAGUUUGAUUGUCUUCAGGACAAAUGCAAUUGAGCAAGAAGAUAUUGUGACGAUUGUGGUGUCUGUCGUUCUCAGCUUCCUAGUACUGAUCAUUGCAUCCGUGGCCUGUUUUAGUUAUCAACACAGGAUUAAAACAUACAUUUGGCCUGAAGUUGCAGACCCAGCAGGGAGUAGUAUGGCGGAUUGGUUACAAAAGCACCCAUCCAAGGAUAUCCAUGUUCUUAAAAUACUGAAUCCUGGGAAUGAAUCCAUAUCAGACAUCAGCACCGUUGAAGUUUUGUGUCUGUUUGAGCAAGACAAGCCAAAGUUUGUGCAGACAGAUGAGACUUCAUCCUUGCACGCAGCAGAAGAGGAAUGUUCAUCCAGUUCAUCUCCACCGCAGCAAGACAUUGCAAAUGGAGCUGAAGUGGCCCGGCUGUUGCCGCCUACAGAUAUAGUGGCGUACACAGUCCUGGAGGAAUGCUACAAGAGCCAAGUGCCAGAACAGCCAUUGGUUUCAACUAUUCCAGAAACAAGUGCGGAGGACCAGGUAAAUGGGCAAAGCAUGUGCGAUGGAGAAGAAGAAAACUGGUGGGAGCCAAAUAUCAAUGAAAAUGAUUUGUUGCAACAAAUAAUUAAAGACAGUCCAUAUUUGAAGAACUCCUUAAGUUUAAGAGAUGUGCCAGAUGAACGUGAUCCAAAUGUAGAUGGCUCAAUUAACUCAGGGGUUGGUAAUUGCUCUGAAGUGGACGUGGCUGCACCUGGCAAUAAUGAAAGUUUGGAUCAGAACCAGUACAAUGCUCAGCUUAAUAACCGUCCAGUUAAACCAGUGCAAACUUACAUUACACUAGAAAUACUUGGUCUAAGGGUCAACAAAGGAAUGUAAUUGACUUACCCGAUGGAAACAACAUUUUUUACCACAGGAACCUCAUAUUUUUAAAUUGCCAAUAGAAGAAUUACACAGCUGGGCUGCUGGGAUGGGAAAAGAGAAAAGUUAAUUAAUUUUGUAGCUCUGACAGAUCAUUAAUCUAGAGUUGUCAUUUUUGUGUCUUUUCAUAUUUUUAUCUCAAUAUCUUCAGUUGAUCCUUUUUUUAGCUCAUUUUUUUGCAGAUUAACUGUAAAUGUUCUCAAGGAAUAUUUAUGGCUGUCAGAAUUACUACCAAGUAAGAGAGACUCAGAUUUAGUUAACUUUCCUUUAUCCACCAACAACUUGGCUCUGUCCCAAAAGAUAAUCCCAGGGAAAAUACUCAGGAACAGCAUAAGCAAGAAGCUAAAGCUGAGAAUUUUUAUCAGUGUUUGGAUGCUGGUUAUAGACCACUCCCUUGUCUCCUGGGUUACCAGAACAUAUGCAUUGCUACGUUGAAUUACAAAGAAUACAAUACUAAAUGUGAAUGUAUGUUGCAGUUUUACAAUAUGCUGAUCAAGGAAGUGCUCGGAGAAUUUCUUGGAUCUAAAUACAUGAAAUGAUCAUGGCUUGAUUGUGGUUAAAAAGCAAUGGAAAGUAAUGGAUUCCAUCACAGAAUGAAAGCAGUUGAAGUGUUGAAACCUGUUAUUUUUAUUUCAGAUCCUCUCAUUAGCCUAAUAACCUCUACUGGUCAAAAUAUCCUCCAGCAAUUUCUCAUUCCUGCUAUUUUGUUACGUCUUUGCUUUUCAUUGCUCUGUUUGUGACAAUGCCUACAGGUGAUUGGACCUUAUAGUCAGAAAUCCUGUGCCUCAGUUUCUUCAUCUCUACCUCUGUUUGUGUUUUUUGUUCUCCUUUCUUGAUUUCUCUUCAUGUAGCAAUAAGCCGCAGAGCAUUUUGAUUCUAUUAUCUGGCAAAUUGUCCAGUGUGUUGCUGAUUUUAUUUUAUGAAGCAUUAAUCCCAGUCUGGAAUAUUGCUCAGGUCAUUUGAGAAAGAUGUUACUCUUUACUGUUUACUGGCAUCCUUAGAGGAAAUAAGUGAGGAAGUAUUUUACACUAAGUAUUUUACAUUCAUUGUGUAGUCACAGUUACAGAUCAUACAACAUAGAACUGGACUGCCUGUUCUACAUUUAAAGUAAGCUAUUCACUGAAGUAUACUGGUUCUUUGAAAGCAAUAUACUUCGCCCCUUUCAAAGGGAAACUCAGUACUCCAGGAGGAUGAAUGCAGCAGGUUGCAAGGGAACACCAGCAUCUGCAGGUUCCUCUCCCUUUGGCAUGCCUCCCUGACUUAAAAACAUUAACAAUUGUUAAUCAUCGCUGUGCUUGACUGUUAGAACUCGGUAGCACUCUGGCAGUAUCUUCAUCAGAACGCCUUGCCUUCAAUGUGCACUUUCUGUAAAUAAAUAAAUAUAACUUACAUUAUCAGGUGUUAAGGCCAUAUUAAAAGCAGUGAAAAUCAAGUCCACUAUUUGCUUCAUGCCCCGUUUGAAAUUAACACCGAAAACAGGCACUUGGUUUAUAUGUAGCUAAAGUUUGAUAUACAAUAUAUGAAUUGCUUAUUAACUUAUUUAUUUUCUUUACAAUCCCACUGAGCCAUUGAGACUAUUAAUAAUCUUGGGCACUGAUAUAUCUGAUAUUAAAUAGAACAGUAUAUUUGUCUUUGCCUUCAGCGCUCAUGACGGAGCUUUGGGUUCUGCUGUUGAUCCAUGAGCUUUGGAGAUAGGAAGAAGUGCUCCUGUCAGCUGGACAUGCCCUGCUUUCUGAGUGUAUAGAUAUAGACAUAGACAUAGACAUACUUUAUUGAUCCAGAGGGAAAUUGGGUUUGGUUACAGUUGCACCAACCAAGAAUAGAGCAUAAGUAUAGCAAUACAAAACCACAAACAAUCAAACAACAAUAUGCAAACUAUGCUAGAUGGAAGUAAGUCCAGGAUCAGCCUAUUGGCUCAGGGUGUCUGACCCUCCACGGUAGGAGCUGCAAAGUUCGAUGGCCACAGGUAGGAACAACCUUCCAUGACACCCAGUGUUGCAUCUCGGUGGAAUAUGGGUGGAGUCCAACAGCAAAAAGUUCAAUAUCCGGGCUACAAACACAUUCCUUGAUCGUAAUAUGACCAGGAUUGCACCAUCUGUUGUUAACCAGAACAGCAAGCCCCCCUCCUUUACGCUUACCGCUCUCAGUGCACCUCCGGUCAGCCCGAAAGGUCUGGAAGCCCUCCAUGGAAACGUUUUGGUCGGGUACGUCCACGUGCAGCCACGUUUCAGUAAAACAUAUAACACUGCUCUCCCGAAAUGUUCUCUGACUCCUGGCUAGCGCCGUCAACUCGUCCAUUUUAUUACCCAGCGAUCUCACAUUGCCCAUAAUAAGAGAGGGAAGACACGGCUUAUAACUCCUCUUCUCCAUAAGUCUCUGUUGUCUCGACCCAGUCCUCUUUCCUCACCUUUUUGGUCCCCCUCUGCAUCUCUGUGUGUUUUCCUCCAGAUUUCAGCCAGGGUGUCCGCCACUCUGUUCACUAAACCGACUGGCAUAAGCGCAAUCAGCUGGUCCCUGGAAUAAAAAAUGUGACCAUACUGCUGCCCCGCUAGUGAGACGUGACUGAAUGUAACUAUUUCCAGCUAUAAAAAACCCAUAUAAAAUUCUUUCCACCAACCUGUUAGAGAGGGUGCAGCUUCAACGUGUUACCGUGAAAAAAAAAAUACAACAAAUAACAUAAGUUAAGAAAGUAAGAAGAAAAAAGUAAGAAAACUGGUCGGAGUGGCUGUAACAGGCUGCGUGCAUGACUGGCGCAUGCGCACUUAAUGAAUGGCCCAUUGACAUCCAUUGGCCCAAUGCAAUCAUACAUACAAUAUACAGCUCCUUCACCCUCAUUAAGCCUGCCUUGGCCAUGAUGCCAGUCUAAUUUAUCCUGUUUGCCUGCACAUAGUCCACAUCCCUCCAUUCCUUGACUGUUUAUGCAUCUGUCUUAAUCCCUAUUAAACAUUGUUAUUCAAUCUGCUUCUGCCACCUCCCUGUCCAGCACAUUUUAGGCACCUACCUCUCUCUGUAAAAAAAAUGCCUUGCAGCUUUCCCCCUUUCACCUUAAACCUAUUUCUUCUAGUAUUUGACCUGGAAAAAAGACUCUGAUUAUCUCCCGUAUCUAUGCCUCUCAUAUUUUUAUAUAUUUCUAUCAGGUUACGUCUUAACCUCUCAUACAUCAGAGAAGACAACCCAAGUUUUAUAUAGUUGCAACAUGACUUUCCAACUUUUAUACCCAUUGCCCCAUUCAAUGGUGACUACUGCUUGUGUUGUCAUGUUCAGGGGUCUAUGGGCAUAACUCAAAGCUCCCUUUGUAUAUCAAUGCUCCUAGGGGUUCUACCAUUCAACUCUAAACUUUCCUCUUCCAUGUUACACUUGUUCAGAUUAAACCCCAUUGAUCAUUUCUCCAUUCAAAUUUCCAGGUGAUCUAUAUUCUGAUGUAUUCUUUGACAAGCUUUCUUCACAAUCCACAACUCCACCAAUUUACAUCUUGUAUGCAUACUUACCUACACUUUCAUUCAAGUAACUUAAGUUACAAACAACAGAGGUCCCAGCAUUGAUUCUUGCGGAACAUGACUGGCCACAGAACUGCAGUCGGAAAAACACGCUUGCUUUACCAUGACUGGCGACAGUUCUGCAGUCAGAAAAACACCCUUGCUUUACCAUGACUUCUGUGACCAACUUUGUAUGGAUCCGAUGUGACUGAAUUUUCUGGACUAGCCUACUAUGAGGGCCCUUGUCAAAUGCUUUAUUAAAAUCCAUCUAGACAACUUAUAAUGGCCUACAUCAUCAAUCAUAUUCAUCAGUUUCUUAAAAAAAUGAUCAAAUUUCUGAGACAGGUCCUCUCCCACAGAAAGCCAUACUUUGCCCCAGUCAUCUGAAAAUUAUGCCCCAUCUUGUGAGCAGUUUCUACUCUGUGAAAAAGUCUCUGGAUGUCCAAUCGAUCUAUGCUCCUUAACACCCUGUAUAUCUAUAUCAAGUCUCCUCUCAUCCUCCACUCAAAGAGAAAAGUCCUAGCUUGCUCAAGCCAUCUUCAUAAGACAUAGCCGCUAGUCCAGGCAACAUCUUUUUAAAUCUCCUCUGCACCCCCUAAAGCUUUCACAUCCUUCCUAUAAUGAGGUGACUAGAACUGAAAACAAUUUGCUUAACCUUUCUUCUCCAGAAUCAACUUGGUGAACAUCCUCUGUCACCUCCAAAGUCUGUGCUACACCUCCUCCCUCACUGCCAUUCAGAGCCCCUAACAGUCCUUCCAGGUGAGUCAAUAUUUCACCUGUGAGUCUGUUGGGGUCAUCUAUUGUAUCAGUGCUUCCAGUGUGGCCUCCUGUAUAUCAGUGAGACCCAACGUAGAUUGGGAGAUUGUUUCAUUAAGCACCUACACUCCGUCCACCAGAAAAAGCGGAAUCUCCCAGUGGCCACCCAUUUUAAUUCCACUUUCCAUUGCCAUUCUGACACGUCCAUCCAUGGCCUCCUGUACUGUCACAAUGAGGCCACACUCAGGUUGGAGGAGCAAUGCCAUAUAUUCCAUCUGGGUAGCCUCCAGCCUGAUGGCAUGAACAUCGAUAUCUCAAACUGCUGGUAAUGCUGUCCCCCCACCCUUCUCUAUUCUCCAUCCCAUUUUUCCUCUCUCACCUUAUCUCCUUGCCUGCCCAUCGCCUCCCUCUGGUGCUCCUCCCCCCUUUUCUUUCUUCCAUGGCCUUCUGUCCUCUCCUAAUAGACUCCCCCUUCGCCAGUCCUGUAUCUCUUUCACCAAUCCACUUCCCUACUCUUUAAUUCAUCUCUCCCCCCGCAACCAGUUUCACCUAUCACUUUGUGUUUCUCCCUCCCCUCCCACCACCUUCUAACUUUGACCCCUCAUCUUCUUUUCUCCAAUCCUGCUGAAGGAUCUUGGCCCAAAAUGUUUUCCAUAGAUGCUGCCUGGCCUGCUGAGUUCCUCCAGAAUUUUGUGUGUCUUUCUCAGUAUAUCUUCCCUCAAUUAAGGAGAUGAGAACUGUACGCACUACUCCUGGAGAUGCUUUCCAAUUGCAGCGCAAUCUCCCUGCACUUAAAAUCAAUCCUUCCAGCAAUGGAGGCUAACUUUUCAUUUUCACCUGCAAGCCAACCUUUAGCGACUGAAGCAGAAUCACUUCCAAGUCCCUCUGUAUGCUACGUUGUCUGAGGGAUGUGGCAACUACAUUACAGAGGUUCCUACUGACAGCAGUUAUAUAAAUGACCCUCUGAACUGCUGCAUUGAGAUUAAUGAAUGGAUAAAUGUUGAUUAGAAUAUUGUCUUCAAUCUCCUCAGCUCUUCAUAUUGAGUAUGAAGUAAAUCUGCCACUGAGCCAUGGCAGACGCUCGAUGCAGUUUUGACUGUACAUUGCAGAGUUUCUUCUCAUUUUCACUACAAGGGAGACAUAAAUGGAUGUAUGAAAGUUUGCCCCCAGAAGUGCCCGAACUUCACAGCAUUUUUAUGUAUAAGCAAGAGAAGGUAAUGAAGUACAGCUUGUUAUCGGGAGCAAAUAAAGCAAAAGAGGGGCUUGAAGUCUGACAUAAUGACUCUUGGGUUUGAAGAGUUGACAGAGGGAGUCUUCACUUCUGGUGGAGAAAUAAGACAAGAAGUUUGAGAUAUUCUGCUUGUAGCCCAUAAGAAAAUAUGUUUUCAAUUUUAAAUACAGUGGCCUUGAAAUUCUAUCACGGUGGUGGAGGUGGAUCAAUGAAGAAAAAUGGAGUGGAAGGGGGGAAGGAUAGAAGGAAGAGGAAGAGAAGGAAAGGACAAUGGGAGGGGAGGACAAUUGGAGGGAGGGACUGGACAGUGGAAGGAAGGGAGAGGACAGCAGGAGGGGAGAGGAUAAUGGGGUAGAGCGUGAAAAGAAUAGGAGGGAGGGAGCUGAUAAUGGGAGGGAGUUGAUGGGAUGAUGGGAAUGGAGGAGAAUUGUGGGAGUGGUGAAAUAUGGUGGGAGGGGGAGAGGAUCAUUCCUGGGAAGAUGUGUAGAUACAGAAAGCAAUUAGGAAGACAAAUAGUGUCUUGGCCUUUAUUCCGGGUGGAUUGAGACACAUUAUUUCCAUGAUAUUGGGCUUGCAUCAGGAAUAUUAUGUACAGAUCCGGUGUCCUGACCUGCAUGGAAGGAGUGCAGAGAAAGUCACCAGAGAGAUUCCUGGGAUAGUGGGCUUGUUAUAUGAGGGCAGUUUAUGCAGAUUCAGCCUUUACAGUUUCAAAGAAGGACUGGUGAACUCAUUGAAACAUAGAAUUCUUAAGGAGCUUGACAAGAUAAGUGCAGAGAUGUUGUUUCCCUGUCUGGAUAGUCAGAAAUAGGGGUCACUAUCUCACCAUGCAGGGGAGAGAUGGGAAGAAAUUUUUUCACCUUGAACCUUGGGAAUUCUCUGCUCCAGGGGGUUGUGGACUGUCAUUGGAUAUAGUUCAUUAAGAGAAUCAAGAGAUACUGGGCUAGUUCAGUAAAUUGCUUUGAGGCAAACACGAUGGGCUGGAUGUCCUGCUGUUUCUCUUGGCUUACAUUCUGAUGCUUUAACAAAGCUGACUGUGGGUAAAGAGAGCAGCUCACUGGUUGAACUCCAAGGCUACGGAUAAUCCAAGAUAGGAUAGGGACGAUUGUGUGGGUUCGAUAAGAGAGCUUUGUAUGGAAGAAGGUUGGUCUGUAAUGAGAAUGGCAGAAGAGCAGAGGUUAAUUAGUUGGUGGGAGUGGGAAGGUUGAUGGAGAGGAUAAGAGCAUAUUGGCGGGAGAGCUGAGCCAUAGAGCACGAGCUGGGAGCUGGAGGUUGGGUGUGGCAGGAACGAUAACAAAGAAAGCUAUUUAAUAGAGAAACUAACUGGAAGAAGAUGGACAUCUUGGCCUUGCAAGGUAAUGUUGGUUCCCUUUAAGUAAUGACAGUUACUCUCAGCUAUUGAGUGAGAUUUGCUUCAGUGGAUGAAGCUCCUUUGUUUCACAGAUCCUGCAAGCACAAAAUGUAUCAAAACACAUUAAAAAAAUAAAAAAAACUGAAAUUCCAGGACCUUACGCAAUAAAGUAUUGUGCUUCGUGGGAGACCAGGCCAUUGUGAAUAUCAGUUAGCAUAAAGAAAUAAUGAUUACAGAGAAAUAAAUACGCUCAAAGCUGAAGCAAGUUUGAUGUCAAUUCAGUAAUGAACUAGCUGCCCUCUCCUGGACAGAGCAGAAGUCUUACAAGUUUCCCCAUCUAUCACCUCCCAGCUUCUCACAUUAUUCCCGUUUGCUCCUGUUCCUUACUCUCAUUCUUCCCCCGCCACCGGGAUUCAUCUAUCUCCUGCUAGCUCCUGCCCCUUCCCCCCGACCAUUCCGGCUUUUGACCGUUUCCUUUUCAGUCCUGAUGAAUGUUAUUGGCCCAAGGGUUCAUUUCCCUUCAGAGAUGCUGUCUGACCCACUGAGUUCCUUCAGCAUUUUGUAUGUGCUGAGGCCUACCAGUAUAGCUGGGUCACGUGGAUGACAGAGGUGAUGCACAAAUCAGUAUUAAUUUCCUUGCUAGUUUUCCUUAUGGCAAAGUGCAUGUGGGCAUAUUGAUGGAGGACAUCAAGAUAUGGUUAAAAUAUGCUCAUUAUUCCAUCCUUAAGACUCAAUAGUAGGAAUUUUAGGGCUGCUGGCAUUCAGGGAAUUAUGUAUAGAUCAAUGUCUAUAGAAAAUACUUGUGAUUUGUUUAUCCUUAACCAAUUAUGUCAUGUGAAUAUUAUUUCAUUUGGGUCUUUUGUAAUGCUUGUGAUAAAACAAUAUAAUAAAGAACAUGAU